GAGACGGAAGCUCGACGGGCACUGCCGAGGUCGGGGAGGGAUUGUAGAUACAGGUGUCCCGGAGAGCCGGGGGCGUAAAGGGUAGUUCCAGAUGUGGCCGCUGUGGCGGGCGGAGUCUGGCCAGAGAGACUGGGCGGGAGCCCUGAAGAGUCCGGAAGAGGCGGGGUCUGAAGCGGGGCAGGGAUAAGGAGAUCGCUACCCGGGCCGGAAGAAAAGGACCGGAUUGGGAGCCACGAGGGGUAGGGUUUGGCGAGCCACAGACUCCAGGCCCUGCCCCCUGAGCUCUGCCCUCGGAUGUCCGACCGCCAAGAGCCUGCAUGCGCCGUGGGGCGCCCCAGGACCAGGAGCUGGUGGGUCCGGGGGCCCCUGGGCGGGGGUCCCGGGGCGCCCCUCCUCCCUCAGGAUCCGUUGUCCCGGUCCUCGUCUUUCCCCCGGAUCUAGUAUUCAGGGCGGACCAAAGGAGUGGACCCCGGCAGCUGCUGACCCUCUAUAACCCCACAGGAACCGCGCUUCGCUUCCGAGUCCUGUGUACAGCACCUGCCAAAUACACGGUUUUUGAUGCAGAAGGAUAUGUGAAGCCUCAGUCCUGCAUUGACAUUGUGAUUCGCCAUGUGGCCCCCAUUCCCAGCCACUAUGACAUCCAGGACCGCUUCCGCAUUGAGCUCUCUGAGGAAGGGACCGAGGGCAGAGUGGUGGGACGCAAAGACAUCACCUCAGUUCUGCGGGCCCCAGCCUAUCCCCUUGAACUUCAGGGACCGCCCCAGCCAACACCCAACCCAGAGCCUCCUGCCUGGACAGCACCACCCAUGACAAGACACUUGCAGGAGAACCCCCGCCAGCAACUGGCCACCAGCUCCUUCCUCCUCUUUUUGAUGACCGGCAUUGUCUCUGUGGCCUUCCUGCUGCUCCCACUCCAGGAUGAACUUGGCAGCCAACUGCCACAAGUCCUGCACGUCUCCCUGGGACAAAAAUUGGUGGCAGCCUACGUCUUAGGCCUCCUCACCAUGGUGUUCCUGCGGACCUGAGCUUCCUGCUCAACCCCAACCUACCAUCACCUCCCCAGGCAGGGACCUGAGGCAGCCACUGUGAUGCACGUACCUUGCCUCAAUCCUCUUCUUCUCAUCUGUUCCCCAACUCCCACCAAGAAAAAUACCCAGGGAUUUGUACUCAUUUUCCAAGUUGAAUAAAAUGGAUUUUUAAAUGAGAAA